CAGUGUGGUCAGAACCCGGGCGGAGGCAGGGCCGGCGCUGCAGGAGUGGGGCGGGCGGCGAGCGAGAGGCGAGCGGGCGGCCAGGGCAGGGCGUCAGGCCGGUGCAGGCUGCGGGGCCGACGUCCGGGCCCCGGGAGCAGGGACGGGAGGCGGGGCGAGGCGGACCCGGGCGUGUUCUGAGGAGGCGGACUGGGGCGCCACCGGCUUCUGAGGGGUGGCUCGCCCCCUUCCGGCCCGGGGCUGGUCGGCGGGGCCGCGGGGGCAGGGCGGGCUGCGUGCCGGGUCUGGCCCUGCUCUGCGGCCUGCGCUCGGCGUUCCGGGCCUCCGGGCCGCGCUCUCGCCCAGGGGCUGCGGGUCUGGCCUCCAGGUGUGGACCUAACAGCGCCCUGUAGCCUUCUGAAGCGCUGACAUCUGCGAAGGGCUUUGUAUUGUAAACUCAAUCAGAGCGCGUCGUAGUCCCGGAAGCGCUUUGACAUCCCCGAAGUAGCGCUGUGCAAACUGAAGCGCUUGGUAAUCGCGGAAGCACGUUGUGGGCUCGGAAACCAAAUCGAACGAAGCCUUUGGUAAAUCCUGGGACCUUCUGGACUUCUCCGAAGCGCUUUGGAAUCGCAGACAUUCGAAGCGCUUUGACAUCUCUGAAACCUUGUGCACUGUGAUGGGCAGUGGAAAGAAGGGGGAAAGGUGCCCAUGGCGUCGGAGAGGCGCAAGGUCAAGUACCACUGGAGCAGCCCUUCGGAGCGGAGUUCCCGCAAGCGCAGCUGCCUCCGGGAGCCCAGUGAUGUGGCCCCCUCCAGCCGGCCAGCUCACAGCUCUGUGUCGCGUUCAGGAGGGGCCAGCAGCCCCAAGCGCAUGAAAACCCAGAAGGAGCAUGGUGUGUCCUGGGGCUCAUCCCGCCGCAGAAGUUCCUCCUCCUCCUCCCAUUCCUCUGGCCCAGGUGUCGGUGGGGCCGCCUCCAAAGGAGGCCUGAUUCAGAGCUCAGGAGAAUUCCUUUCGUCAGGGGGAUCCCCUCUGUGCCCUGCCAGACCUUCUCUAGAAGAAAUGGCUUCUCUCCAGGAGGAAGCCUGCAGCCUUAAGGUUGAUUCCAAAGAUAGUUCUCGUAACCCCAUGGAUUCUGAAUUUGCAGCUGAAGCUGAGGUUCAAAAUGACAUAAUCGAGGAACCAAACAAGGUCCAGAAAAGGCAGAGGGAUAGACUUCGAGACCAAGGCUCUACCAUGAUCUACCUAAAGGCCAUCCAGGGCAUCCUGGGAAAGUCGAUGCCAAAAAGGAAGGGAGAGGCUGCCAUGAAGGCAAAACCCAACACGGCAGAGCGCGCCAGCCGCGGAGAGGGGCCAGCCAGGAGUGUCUCCACGUGUGCUCCUCAGAAAGAGAAAAAGUCUGCCCCAGAGGUCAGAGCAGAGGAGGAGAAGGCUGUGCCGGAGAAGAGCAGCUUCUGGGACAGGAGAGUGGUGAUAGACCCUCAGGAGAAACCCAGCGAGGAGCCCCUGGGUGGCCAAAGGACGGUCAUUGACAAGCGCUGUCCAGUCCUGGAGUUUUUGGAUGACUCUGACUCGCAUGUAAACGGCCAGAAACCUAAAGACCGGGAGGUGGUGAUGGAGCGCACCUCUUCAGGAAGCGACUGGUCCGACGUGGACGAGAUUUCCACAGUCCGAUUCUCUCAGGAGGACCCCGUAUCCCUGAAACCCUCAGCGGUUCCAGAGCCUUCUCCCUUCCCCACGGAUUACGUCAUGUACCCGGCUCACUUGUACAGCAGUCCCUGGUGUGACUACGCCAGCUACUGGACCAGCGGUCCCAAGACCCCCGGCUACCACUCCGCGGGCAGUGGCGGCAGCGACACGGUGCAGGUGGAGAGGAGCGGCCGGGGCUCUUCCCCCCGUUCAACGGUGAGCCCCCCGCACAACUCCAGAGAGCCCCAGGCCGCUGAGGAAGGCAGAUCCCGGAAGUCGCGUUCAUCUCGUCUCUCCAGAAGCUCGGAAGAAGAAGAGGUGAAGGAGAAAAGAACCUUCCGGGAGGAUGUGCCGCCACGUCCGUGUGGAGGACCCGCAUCUAGCUCCCUGCCCAGGAGCCGUCGGGAGCCCAGGUUGGAGGGUUUCAUCGACACCCAUUGUCACUUGGACAUGCUCUAUUCCAAGCUGUCGUUCAAAGGGAGCUUCACAAAGUUCAGGAAAAUUUACAGCAGCUCCUUCCCUAAGGAGUUUCAGGGCUGCAUCUCCGACUUCUGCGAUCCUCGCACACUGACAGAUGGCCUCUGGGAGGACCUGUUGAAAGAGGAUCUGGUGUGGGGGGCCUUUGGCUGUCACCCCCAUUUUGCACGUUACUACAACGAGAGUCAAGAAAGAAAUCUUCUGCAGGCCUUAAGGCACCCCAAGGCCGUGGCAUUCGGGGAGAUGGGCUUGGAUUACUCUCACAAGUGCACCACACCUGUCCCAGAGCAGCACAAGGUGUUUGAGAGGCAGCUGCAGCUGGCCGUGUCCCUCAGGAAACCCUUGGUGAUCCACUGCCGAGAAGCUGAUGAUGAUCUGCUGAAAAUCAUGAAAAAAUUUGUGCCUCCAGACUACAAGAUUCACAGGCAUUGCUUCACUGGCAGCUACCCAGUCAUUGAGCCCCUGUUGAAGUACUUUCCCAACAUGUCCGUGGGCUUCACGGCGGUCCUGACCUACUCCUCUGCCUGGGAGGCCCGGGAAUCUCUGAAACAGAUCCCGCUGGAGAGGAUCAUCGUGGAAACUGAUGCUCCCUAUUUCCUGCCUCGACAGGUUCCCAAGAGCCUUUGCCAGUACGCCCACCCAGGCCUGGCCUUGCACACGGUUCGAGAGAUUGCCAGGGUCAAAGACCUGCCGCUCGCCCGCACCUUGGCCACCCUGCGUGAGAACACCUGCCGCCUCUACAGUCUUUAAGCAGAGAGGGUGCCGUCAGGAGUCUCCCAGAAAAGGAUGACCAGCGGCCUGACAGGAGAAAGGCCGUGUGAGCUCUGUGUCCCUGCUCGAGGAUGUUUGAGAGCCCGCUGGGAUGGAGGAAACCCGGACAGGACGUUUCCUGAGACCUCGUCGGAGGCUUCCACUUCAGGCUGGUUGUGGGUGGGGCCGGCGUGGGGGGUGCUGGCGAGGGGUUCGGGCUGGCCUCCCGGCUGCAGUGCUCCAGGGCAGCCCAGGAAGAAGAGGAGGCUGAUGUGAGGGCACAGCGAGCUUGCCCGCCCAGUGCCUGUCUCCACAGCUUGUGGUGCGAGCAGUCUGUGAAUAAAGUCACACUGCUCCUCAGCUAAGUGCAUGUAGGCGCGUAGCUUGGUUCCUGGUUCUCCACUGUCAACACGAGCCCCCGGUGGGAGAUCUCCUCUGGGGGACAUUUGCCAGAGACCUGUGUUAGAGGCUGAUGCUCCUGCGGCCAGAGAAGGCAGCCCCUCCCUUCCCCGGGUGACUCUUCAGUCUGGCUCUCACUGUUGCUGCGUCAGCUCCGAGUGGGCACUGGUGGAAGGACCUUGGCUGCUGGUCUCACUGGUUCCACUGCCAUCAAUAUGGAGGGGCCAAAGGAGUGCUCAUGGUCCAGGGCAAGUCCUGGCCGAGGAACAUCUGGACAGACUGGGGGACUUGAGGAGGAGGAAGCCUGCUUGACGAAGACAACCCCGAGGAAGGUGAUCCCACUUACCGAAGUCCCCAGGGCUGCAGCUCAGUUGUGUUAAACUGACAGGGUCCAGUCUGCAGCAGAUGCUGUCUGCUAGUCUGAUGUCAGGGGUUCCCAGCUGCCCUGUGCUCCACUUUGCCCCCUUCUCCUGGAGCACUGGACCAAAAAUACUCCUUCUGUUUCAUCUCAUGUAACAGCCCCUUGUGUGCCCCAUCCAGGUCGAGAGGUAAACCAAUUUAAUUUUCCAAAGCUCUGCUGGCGCUGCCCAGCCCUGUUCUAUUGCCUAUGCAGAACAAGAGGCCUGGUGUCCAUGGAUCUCCCGUUCCCCGUCCUAGGGCUCUCCCUUGCCUUGGCCUCUGCUGCGUCCUUUCUCCGUGGUGACAGUGAGAGCCCCUCCGUGGACUUUGAACAGCCAGGUCACCUCAGGUUCUGAGCUGGACUCUGCUCCCUGCUGGCGCCUUGUAAAGGUGUGUUCAUUACAGGCCCUGGGAGGUUAGGACGGUCCAGGGUUAAGAGUGAGGAUGCUCGGGCUUGCCUGGUGGCGCAGUGGUUGAGAGUCCGCCUGCCGAUGCCGGGGACGCGGGUUCAUGCCCCGGUCUGGGAGGAUCCCACAGGCCGUGGAGCGGCUGGGCCCGUGAGCCAUGGCCGCUGAGCCUGCGCGUCCGGAGCCUGUGCUCCGCAACGGGAGAGGCCACAACAGUGAGAGGCCCGCGUACCACAAAAAAAAAGGAAAAAAAAAAAAAAGAGUGAGGAUGCUCUGCAUUUGGGACAAAAGGAUCCUUUAUUCCAAUCUUCCUCAGUGCGACAGGCCACCCUGAGUCCCUUGUCUGCUUCUUGGAGGCCAAUAGCUGAAAUCGUAAGAUCCAUCGCUUAUGUUGGAUGCCUCUAGGUAUUUGUGGAAGGUGCUUUUGAACCUCGUACCCUGCAAGGGAAUGGACUUUGCAUUUCAUAUGUAGUACUUCCCUCUUGCCCUGGUACCCAAGUUGCUGGCCUGGGAAGUAGGCCUUAAUUCACUGUCGACCUUCCAUGGAUCAGCUGUGCGUCAUCUGUGCCGCAGAUUUGGCAAAUCCGGGGCCUUGUUCUCCUGCUUGGAAGAUUUGGAGGACUGAGUAUUUCACAGUGCUUUGUUGUCACCCAAUGAACUGUCCCUUAUCCAUCUCCUUCACAGCAAGGCCUGUACAUCACAACUGCCUCCGAGGGAAACCAACCGGGCCUGUGUUCAAGGACUAAGAGUGAUAACUCAGUGGAUGUCUCUGAGCCGUUGCAGUCUCCCUGCCAAAGUAAAGCACAAGGUGCUAUAUACCUUUAUCUCCAGGAUUUAGGAUUAUCAUUUCUGUUCCACAGUGAAACAUUACCUGUGUGGGAGUGAAAGCUGGUUGGCAUUGUUUUUGAUUGUUUUUGGAUGGCUGACUUGAUUGUUUUUGCUGUGUUGCCGGAAUGCCUCUGUAUCUCUGCCCCCUCGCUCCCUUUGACCAUCUCUUUCUGAAAAUAAAGUGAUGGAUCUUCAGCCAACUCCCAUGGUCUCCAUGUUCGUUUAUAGUUCUCAGAGUGUUAAUGAUGGUUUAGUUGUUGACUAGCUUUGUAACCUAAGAAUCCAAAGGUCUGGAGACAUUCACAAAUGUACCUGUGCCUCAGCAGAAUUCAACUGGAAAGGGCUUCCCCUGGUGGCGCAGUGGUUAAGAAUCCGCCUGCCAGUGCAGGAGACACGGGUUCAAACCCUGGUCUGGGAAGAUCCCACAUGCCGCAGAGCAACUAAGCCCGUGCGCCACAACUACUGAAGCCUUUGCUCUAGAGCCUGCAAGCCACAACUGCUGAGCCCGUGUGCCACAACUACUGAAGCCCGUGCGCCUAGAGCCCGUGCUCUGCAACAAGAGAAGCUACCGCAAUGAGAAGCCUGCGCACCGCAACAAAGAGUAGCCCCCGCCCCUCUGCAACUAGAGAAAGCCUGCACACAGCAACAAAGACCCAACGCGGCCAAAAAUAAAUCAAAAAAAAAAAAAAAGAUUUGCUAAAAAAAAUAAAAAUUCAACUGAAAGGAAGAAUCCCUGGUACCUUCUUAAAAGUUCUGCUGCCUUUAAGCAUUAACUCUCAUUUUACCGCCUGGAAACACCCAGAUACGCUGCUGCUUCUUAGCAGUGAAAAAUACAUAGACACCUUCUUUGCUCCAGAGCAGUGCAGUAGGAGGAAGAAAAAUUGAGUACACGAGGGUGUUGUUGAUGAGUCAGUUGUACUGUGGGCUUUGGACUGUGAACUCUGAUGCCGCUGGGUAAACUUUGGAGGAAAUUCUGUUUCACUGCUUGCAGUCAGUCUUCCAGUUUUGUCCUAAGGUAUCCUUGAACACAAGUAAGUGCUCAAGCCCAAAAGUAAACCCGUCAAAAGGGAGGCUCUGUUCCAAGAAUGGUAAAGAAAUUUGGAAUCUGUUGAUGCCUCAUGUCAGACGCAGUCAUUGGUGUGCGUAUUUCCAGCACAUUCCUCACUGUCUCAGCUCUGUCCCAGCUGGACAUAUGGCAGCUGUGUCCACUGGACACAGUGAUAGUCUCUUUGUGGCUGGAAAUCUGCUCUUGGCCUUUCUGGUGUUUUACAUCUCUCUUUCUGUAUUAAGUUUGGGACCAAUAGUAAUCAUUUACCACGAACACUUUCAUUUUUGCCUCAGGCAUUUCUGUAAGAUCAGGGCAAAGGGCCCCUGAAGUGUACAGUGCUUGAAUAAGAUGUCCAGGAUGGCAGCAGAACUGUCUGUGGCCAGGCAGCCCUGUGCUCCUUGUAAAUGCUCAUUUGUCAACAAUGUUUGGAAGUGGAUUCAGACUAAAGGAAGGUAGCCAAGCGUGGAUCUCUAUUCUUCUGUCUGUACACCAUUGUAAGAGAAUUUCUUACCCCUCUGUAAGUGUGUAAGAUGUUAAACACGGGCUUCCUUGGUGGCACAGUGGUUAAGAAUCCGCCUGCCAAUGCAGGGGACACGGGUUUGAUCCCUGGCCUGGGAAGAUCCCACAUGCCACGGAGCAACUAAGCCCGUGCUCCACAACUAAUGAGCCUGCAAGCCACAACUACUGAGCCCGAGUGCCACAACUACUGAAGCCUGUGUGCCUAGAGCCCGUGCUCUGCAACAAGAGAAGCCACGACAAUGAGAAGCCCUCGCACCGCAACGAAGAGUAGCCCCCGCUCGCCGCAACUAGAGAAAGCCCACGCGCAGCAACGAAGACCCAACACAGCCAAAAAUUAAAACAAAUGAAUUAAUUAAUUAAAAAAAAAGUUAAAUACUUGAGCUGUUACACUAAUGUACUGGGUAUAUUAUAAAAUAAAAAAGUUUUUUUAUAAGGAGGUUUUUUUUUUCUGCAGCAAAUAUCUUGCUCAGCCCAGGGGUAUAUACAGCUGUUUUAGAGAACCAGAAGUUAGUGGUGUCAGGAAGUGACACAUGCAGGAACAGGUCGAGAAGGCUGACGUGGGACCAGGUUUGAAAUGCUACGUUUUCUCAAGUGUGUUGCCUGUUUCCUGUGAUCAGUUUUAUUUCUGCUGGUUGUUGACUUGAAAUUGUCCUCAGCCCACUCCAAGUUGACCCCGUGUAUUAUGAAAGAAAAUGAAAAACAGAAACAGAAGGAAUCCCUAGGACCCCAAGCAGCAGGGCAAGAGGGUGACAUUGGUAGAGAAGCAGCCGAACGUGGGGGAGUGGGCGCCUGAGCCCACAGCUCUGGGUGAGUCGGAAACGUGUUUGCUCUGUGACCUUGGGAAGUCACUAAAUUCCUCUGAACUUUAGUUUUCCCUCUG